CGAGCGACGACGACCCAACAGAGAGACGGCGCAACAGAACUUGUUCUUCUUUCCUUCCCUUUCGCCAACGACAUAGGACAGUCACCAUGGGUAAGGUUCACGGAUCCCUCGCUCGUGCCGGUAAGGUCAAGGGUCAAUGCCCCAAGGUUGAGAAGCAAGAAAAGAAGAAGAAGAAGACCGGUCGCGCAAAGAAGCGUAUUCAGUACAACCGUCGCUUCGUGAACGCCGUUGCCUCCUUCGGCAAGCGCAAGAUGAACCCCUCCCCCAACUCCAAGUAGAUUUAGGGAGUCCUCCGGUCUCGUUGUCGCCCACACACCACCCAAACGCCCUAGCUCUUCAUUAUCGACCCUUUUCGAACUGUAGGUCGGAUGCUCGAAGCGUCGAUGGCAUUACCAACCUGUCGGCACGAUCCAUCUCAGGAAGAAUAGUUAGAAAAUGCGGAGUCGGUGUACCUCAAUGUACUGCAUGGAAUUACAAAAGCCGUUUUGAUUUUCUGAGAGUGGGCUUGACUUGUUGUUGGAAUGUGCCGUUGUAUUGGCAGAGAACAGGGCAGAGCACUGACGACGAGGGAUACUUUCACAAAAGGAAACCCGGGAUGGCUGUCCGGGCAGUUUGUCCUAGAGGAUUG